ACUAUAAAUUUAAGGUUCAUAUUUCACUCACACUUUAUCAGGUCAGAGUCUCUGACUAACAAAGAGAAACUUCAAGAAAAUCAAUCAGAGCGGAGAGAAAAGGAAGAAAACAAUGAAAGGAGGGUCAUCCCAACUCCUCCAGAAUAUUUGUGAAGAUAGUGACUCUGAAGAAAGAGAGCAAGAUGAAGGGAUGGCAAUGGCAAGGAGAGUCACCGACGAAUAUGGCGAUGAAGUUGAUGACAUGAGAGAGAAAUUCCAGUGCUUGGUCCUCCAUAAGCAUGAAAAAGCCAAACGAGGUGAAGACCUCUCCCGGGAGAAACAUAGCCUGUGGAGGCAAGAACUGAAGAACAGAGCAGAAAGGCUAGAGAAGCAGCUCAAGACAAGGUGGGAACUUGAGGAGCUAAUUGAAGAACAGCUGAAUAGGUUCCGUGCCCAUUACAACAGAGCCAUGGUCCGUACCCUGCCCAAGGAUGUGGCCCAACUCCUCAUGCCCAACUGGGCCCCACCUCAGGAAUUGGCCUCCCUGACAUGGCUUGGCGAUUGGCGACCCUCAGCCAUGCUGGACCUUGUCCGUGGCCUGGCCCGCUCAUCGCUAUCAUCCUCUCUCUUAUCAGACUCAGUGGGCAAUGAAAAGCUCCUAUCUCAGCUUAUACACGAUACACGCAUUGAGGAGGCAGUAAUUGAUGAGGAAAUGGCUGAGAUUCAAGCUACUUGCAUUCUACACAUUUCAUUCACUCCAAUGAGCAAUCGGUCGGUUGGUUCUGCUUUAGGAUGCAUUCAGUCUGAGUUCAAGAAAAUCGAACGAGUCAUCACUAAGGCCCAAAACCUCAGGUUCAAGGCAUUGGAGUUGGUGGUAAAGAAGGUGUUGAGCAAAACUGAUGCAGCCGAAUUCCUAGUAGCUUUUGAGGGAAUUCAAGAUGCCAUCCACCAGCUAGCAGCAAACCAAAGGCUCCAGAAGGGCCCGGUCACGGUGUCAGUCAAGGCAUUGGGGUGUAGUUGAGAAGCAAAGAAAUGAUGGUAGCCCCCCCCCCCCCCCAUUCAGGAAAAUCCUGUUAUCCGUUUUGCUGGAACAGAAGUUGUAAAACAUCUUGAAUGACAAUGUUUGUGUUUGAACACCUCCAUGGGGAGAUUUUG